GCGAAGAGGAGGAGGUGGUGGAGGAGGUGGAGGAGGAGGAGGCGGCUCAGGGCAAUCGAGAAGCGAGCCGGAGCGCGGGGCGCGAGUCGAGGAGCCCAGCCGAGCCGCCGCCGCCUCCCCGCCUUCAGUGAGAGCCCCGGCCGGGGGCUCGCCACAACGCGCCCGGGCCUGCCUCGGCAUCAGGCCCCGCGGGCAGUGCCAGGCAGCCAGGGGGAGGGCAAGCAAGUGAGCGCCGGGAGGAGGCGGCCGGAGCAAGCGGGCGCCGCGCGUGUGGCGUGAGGGGAAGCCGCUGGCCGCCCCCUUGGCCGUCCCUUCGCUCCCCCUCCCCGCUCCCCGCCCCGACCGCGGAGGGCACCAUGUCUGCGCCGACGGCCAAAGCCAGUAAAAAGGAGCUCAACUCCAAUCACGACGGGGCCGACGAGACCUCAGAAAAAGAACAGCAAGAAGCAAUUGAACAUAUUGAUGAAGUACAAAAUGAAAUAGACAGACUUAAUGAACAAGCCAGUGAGGAAAUUUUGAAAGUAGAACAAAAAUAUAACAAACUCCGCCAACCAUUUUUUCAGAAGAGGUCAGAAUUGAUCGCCAAAAUCCCAAAUUUUUGGGUAACGACAUUUGUCAACCAUCCACAAGUGUCUGCACUGCUUGGGGAGGAAGACGAGGAGGCUCUGCAUUAUUUGACCAGAGUUGAAGUGACAGAAUUUGAAGACAUUAAAUCAGGUUACAGAAUAGAUUUUUAUUUUGAUGAAAAUCCUUACUUUGAAAAUAAAGUUCUCUCCAAAGAAUUUCAUCUGAAUGAGAGUGGUGACCCGUCUUCAAAGUCCACUGAAAUCAAAUGGAAAUCUGGAAAGGAUUUGACAAAGCGCUCAAGUCAAACACAGAAUAAGGCCAGCAGGAAGAGGCAGCACGAAGAGCCAGAGAGCUUCUUUACCUGGUUUACUGACCAUUCUGACGCAGGUGCUGAUGAGUUAGGAGAGGUCAUCAAAGACGAUAUUUGGCCAAAUCCCUUGCAGUACUAUUUGGUUCCUGAUAUGGAUGAUGAAGAAGGAGAGGCAGAAGAUGAUGAUGACGACGACGAGGAGGAGGAAGGGUUGGAAGAUAUUGAUGAAGAAGGAGAUGAGGAUGAAGGUGAAGAAGAUGAUGAUGAGGACGAAGGGGAGGAAGGCGAGGAGGACGAAGGCGAGGAUGACUAGCACAGAAGAUUGAUGGAUUCCAACUGUCUUUUUUAUUUUCUUUUUAUUUUUUAAUUUUCUCCAGUCCCUGGGAGCAAGUUGCAGUCCUUUCUUCCCUGUCCCUCUGUGCUCAGUCGCCCUGUUUUUGAGGUCUCGACAUCAUGGUUCUCAACUAAUUUGGGGGGAAAAUAUCUUGAGCAAAAUACAACAGGAAAAGAAUCUCCAUGUUUCUGUUCUAAAUUCAUUUUUAUCCUUUCUUGUCUCAAAUUUGUGGAUGCAGCACCACCACCGUGCUCUGAGGGAAAAAAGAACAGCCCUCCGGUUCCCUCAGCUCUGCUGGAGGCUGGAGGGUGCUAGGCCCCUGUGUAGUAGUGCAUAGAAUUCUAGCUUUUUUCUUUUCUCUGUAUAUUGGGCUCAGAGAUUACACUGUGUCUCUAUGUGAAUACGGACAGUUAGCAUUUACCAACAUGUAUCUGUCUAUGUUCUCUUGUUUAAUAAAAAGAAAAAAAAAGAAAAAAAGGGGGGGUAUAGACGGUGAGCAAGGGCGGGUUUGAGGUGUCGGGGGGUAGGUGGGCAUCUGACAACAUGGCUUCUCCUUUGGCAUGUUCAAUUGUGAUGUUUAAUAGACAUCCUUGCAAUUUAAGGUGACACUUUUAAAAUAAAAUUCUCUCCUCAUGAUGACUUGAGCCCUGACACUCAAUGGGAGAAUCAGAACCUUCGGGUUUACUUGGAGUUGACAUUUUCGGUUGUAACUUCGUUUUUUAAUUUUUUCUUUUUUUCUCUCUUUUUUUUUGUUUUUGUUUUCACUGGAAGGAAAAGGAUGCUCAUUCUAAAUGUUGAAGUGCACAAGUUGCUUUGUUACAAUAAAAUCAAUGUGUACACAAAGACCUGAUGCUUUUCUGUCAGAACAGAUGUUCAGCAGACCUUCCAAGUUUGACCUACAUAAUGACAUCAUGUCAAACUUUGUCUCCCUAACUUGGUAUUUUUUUGAUACGCACUUUGCAGGAUGACCUCAGGGCUGUGCAGGUUGAGUUAAAGGGAUUUGAAUCAUGUCUUACCUUCUCAGUACCCGAGUGUGGGCACAGCUUGCUGCCAUGGACUUGGACCCUUGAUUUUUAAUCUCAAUUUGGCAUUUUUUUUAAAUGGGCCUUUAGUUACCCGGACCUCAGGGCAGCACCUGCUCCCACUGUCACUGACAUGUUGCCCUAUGCCAUCUCCGAAGGAGAGCUGCUGGUGUGUCUUCAUUGGCAAUGUGCACUAGCCAAGAAUGUGGGCUGUCAGGAUAAGCAGUGGUCGCUAGUAUCUGCCCCAGGUAUGUAGCGGAAGCUCUCAGCUGUGACUCUGAACUGGGUGGAUGGAGAGCUGUCUGUUCGGCACCACUGCAGAGAGUAAUGUUUGGGAAGGAAGCUACCUGAUGGCGUAAGCUUUUUAAUGCUGUAAAAUAGAGCUAAAAUUCAAUGCCACUUUUUCAGAGAUGAUUAAUGGACAGCCUGGUCAAAUUCAAAGCUUUCUGAUGUAUAAAACUUUAUAAAUGGAACUAUUCCAUCAAUAGGCAAAGUGUAACCAAAAUCUGUCUAGAUGGAUAGUGUGUAAUUUCUGCACAGGACUCUGUUUAGUAAAUACAUCACUGUAUACGUCAGGAAUCUUGCUCCAAUAAAGGAACAUAAAGAUUUUUUUUUUGGA